UGCAUUUUUUCAUAUCAACUCGAAGCUUUUUCCUCCACCACCAAAACUUGCUUCACUUCUCCAGAUUUUCUCCCCGUUGCCAAAACCUAGCGGACUUAAUGGCGUACAGGCGUAGCAUCAUGGCUAGAUCGAAGUUGUUCUACCAACAGCACCAGCGAUUUUCGCCUUCACUGUCACACAUUAGUGGCAGCGACCGUGAAAAGUUGCCUGCGAAAAGGAAUCCUGAGAUGCUCAGCAAUUUUCUGAUAUCCAGAAGCAAUGCUGGCAAUUUUCGACUCAUGCGUUCUAAGGUUCCCACAGGCUAUGGGCUGAUUUUCCAUAGAAAUAUGUCAAAGGUGCCUUUCGAGAUUGAGGUUCCUGCUGAAGAUUUGAAUGGAGUGAUCGGUGUGGUGGCUGAUAAGGCUGUUGAGGCAGCUCCAGUGAUGAAUGAACUGGCCAGUGCAGCAGCAGGUUCAGUCAGUAAUAUGAACAUAAUUGGAUAUAUGCACUCAUUCACUGGUUUAGAAUGGUGGGCAUCAAUUGCAGCUGUGACUCUUCUGCUGCGUAUUUUGUUUGUUCCUUUUCAAGUAUAUCGUCUUCAAUAUUUUUCCCACGAUGGCAAACGUCGAUCCGACGAAAUACGUUCACUUCAGAAAUACUUACGUAUCAUCAAGAGUGAUAUUUUAGAAGACAAGGUUGAUAUAAAUGAUAUUGGAGAAAAAUUAGAGCCCCUGUUUAAACUUCUGGAUAAGUAUGGUCAAUUUCGGUUGUUUGGAUAUGUAUGCUCACCGAUACCUGCCUUUUGUAUUUUCUUUUGCGUUUUAGGCAUGGUGAAGAACGUACCCUCUUUAACAACAGGUGGAACAUUAUGGUUUACAGACUUAACAACUCCCAAUCGCUUGGAACUUCCAAUCCUUGUGGCGUUGACACUUUGGGUUAGGCUGGAAUUGGAUCCAAUACGAUAUGUGCUGCCGCACAUGAAAUCUCGUACAAUGGCAGCUCAUGCUGCUGUAAUAUACCUUGGCGCUGUUGCUGCAGGAUUCCCCACGGCUAUAUACUGUUCUUGGAUCACCUCUAACCUCUUUUCAAUAGCAUAUGGAACUGUUGUGAUUCACCCUCGAGUUCAGAAAUUGUUGGGGAUAUCAUUGGCGAUACCACAUUCAGCUCGAAAAUAGACAUCAUGAAAAUGAUGAAAUUAUAGUGGCCAAAAAUAUGAGUAUUUUGAAGUCGUUAUUUUGUCUCUUCAAACAAUAUGGCCAAGUUGUUAGAACAAUGUGUAGGUUUGGUGAUGUGGAUUCAGAUUAGCUAGGAUUUUGGAGCAUGAUUUGCGGACAUUUAUGCCCAAAUUUUUAUCAUCGAAAAAUC